AUGCCGACGGAACGCGACUACCAAAUCUCCCCUAUCGUGCAGGAAUCCGUGAUGCACAAUACCAAGGCCCUCUCGAAUCUCCAGAGUCUUACGGCCUCUCUAUUCGGCGUCGCGGCCGGAAUACUGGGUCUUGAAUCCUACAACGGCUUCCUGUUCUAUUUUCUCUUCUCAUUCUUCACCAUCUUCCUAGUCUACAUCUUCCGCAUCGCGCCGCAAUCAACAUCCGCAGGCUUGCCUUUCCUCAGCACGAGCCGAUACUUUAGGGGCUCCUUGGAAUUCUGGACGAGCGGCUUGUUUGGUGGACUUCCUGGCUUCAUUCUCACAUGGACGCUGUUCUAUGGUCUUGUAAGGGCAUGA